AUGUUAUGCGGUUCACCUGACACUAAAAAUCAGUGGUCAACUGUUCACAAUGGGGAUGAAUAUCCUAAUUGUAACAGCUCAGUCGUCAGCUUUCAAAAUAUUAAUCGUGAUGACUAUUAUACACUGAGUCUCAAUGGAUGUACACACCUAGUUACAAAUGACGACAUAGAACACAUAUCCUUGCAACGUUUUGAAACGGAAUAUAGAACCUUCAAAGAAAUAUGUCAAAUUCCAACAUUUGCUAGAUUUCGUUUAUGGAAGGGAUUCACUCGAUGGCGUAAAGUGAUACGUUACACGAAAAUAGAACAGUGUAAACGAUUCCUACGUGAUAACUUAUUCAUUGCAAAUUCAUCACUUCGACCGGCAUUGUUAAAUAUCCGUGAAAUGUGCUAUCGUAUUGGAGAUAUGGGAUUAUGCAAGUUAGAAAAGGACAAAACGUACACAUUAUUGGAGUUUUUAACGAAUCAAGUUAAUCAGUUGAAUGAAGUAUGUACAAGACUGUGUGAAUUUCGUGAACUCGUCAAAGAAGUUGUCCGCGGUGCAUGUCGUACCGCCUUAUUGGAAUAUGGUUUUAUGCCGGACGACUAUUUAACGGAUAAUAUUACAGUACUUCCAGGAACAGAACAAUUUGGUGUGGGAACAAGUUAUAUUUCGUCAGGUUGUGAUAUGGAAAUCUUUUCAGAUGCACCGGAAAAAAUGACGUUUACAGAAAUGGCUUCCAAACGCAAACACUGUCAGCGUUUAACCUGUUUUAUACGUCUUGCAGAUUACCAAAUUGUUAGUACACUACAUGUGCUCACAGUGAAUUCAGUUUAUACAAUAUUAGAUUGUUUGAGUGAACAUCUCCGUCACACCCCCGCUAUAAGUGAAAUAGAAACAUACAAAAUUGAAGUGGAAGAAUUAUCGGAAGCACCGAUCGCUGAUAUGGAUAUAGGAAGAAGAGAUACGGUAGCUGGACAGAAGUCAACUGUUAAAAAGCCGAUGUCAAAACAAUCUUCAACCGAUAAAAUCCAAGACGAGUCGAAACUACCUCCGCUUUUUGCAUUGGAGAUUAUACUAGAACCAUCUCGGCUGUAUUUAGUUCCGGACGAGUCUCUAUUUCAAGAUGGCAUUCUUGAAAUUAUCAGUAAAUUUCAGGAGCAAGUGUUCAACAUUAAAAACUUAACACCAGACCCUUAUUUUGAUGCAUUCACAAGACCAUUAAUAAAUAAUAAAUUUGAGGAGAAAACAUGCGGCACAGGACCGCAGCUACGAAACAUGUUUGCUGAAGAUACUGGACUACAAGAAAUCAUUUAUCAUGUUAAAAAAUCUUUGAAAAGCGCUUUUGAAGCUGUCAAUUCAUAUAUGAAUACAUUUGUAGAAAUCCAUGAAUUCUAUCGAGACAACGAAGAAAUAAGUAAAGAAAGUAUACAAACGGACUAUGGAACGCGAACGGAUGAAAUGAAUCAUGUGGGACGUCUUAGAGAGACUGUUGAAUUUUUCAAAACAAACUUACUGAAACAUCAUCGUCAAGUUAAAAUCUCUGACCUUGUACCAGUUCAACGACCCAUUGGAAUGUUUUUAAUUGAUACAAUGACUUUGCGUACCCGCCUUUUGCCAUCACCAAAUCGAUGCUUAGAGAUAUUGCAUAGUCUUUUGCCGGUAUAUACACGCAGUGAAGUUGACAGAUUAGUGCAUGAAACUCAAGAAGCUGAAUAUACCUUGUCUGUAUCACCAAGUUCCACAGUCGAUUAUGUGAAUCAUUUUGAAUUUCUCAAUCAAAUACAAAGUAGGAUUGACCCGGUUGAGAAGGAAGCUGAAGUUAUUAAAGAACUUUAUGAAAUGAUCGAAGCGUUUAAUGUGCCAGUACCGCCGGAAGAUUAUGCAGUUUACCAGAGUCUUAUACCGUCGAUAGACAGAGCCAAGAAUGCUAUCGACAAAGCAUUGGGAGAUCGUGAUUUAUGUAUUGACAAAUUCUUCGGUUUUUUGGAGAAAGACGUUGCAGAACUUAUGCGUGACAUCAAAGAAGCUAAACAAGCUAUAAAUAAUCCAAUACUUUUAGAUGUUACAGCAGAACGUGAAGCUGUUCGUGCUGAACUGUCUAGACUGAAGGCAACCAUGGAUGACUUACAAAACAGGGCUGUAACUUUCAAAACAUAUCAUAAAAACUUUAAGGAUCUGUCACAAGCCUUAUCAGGAACCUCGAUUGAAGAUCAAAUACUUGCAAGAGCUGGUGUACGAGCCACAUCAUUCAUAGUGGAACAACCACGUUUCGAGGAACUGGAAACACUAGUUGGAGAGAUGAAACUGAAACACUUAUUGUGGAAUUCUCUGGAAGAAUGGGAUGAAACUGUUAAGGAGUGGAUGAAGGCUGAUUUUUUCAAAUUAAAUCCGGAAGAAUUAACGAAUGUUACAAUGAAAUAUGUGAAGUCCGUCACAUUGCUAGAAAAGGGUUUACCGCCCAAUUCUGUUGUACCGUUGUUAAAGGAAAAAGUGGAGGAUAUGAAAGGAAAAUUAACAACUAUCAUGGAUUUGCGUAAUCCAACACUGAAACCACGACAUUGGAAAAUGCUAGAAGAUUUAAUUGGUUUUCAAAUGUCUGAACUUGAAGAACCGUUGAAUUUAGGCUUUUUGAAUGAACUGAAAGCAUUUCAAAAAGUGGAACAAAUUCAAGAAGUGUCAGGUCAAGCAAGUUCUGAAGCAAGUUUAGAAAGUCUACUUAAAAAGGUUGAAGACUCUUGGAAAUCAACUGAGUUCAUUGUUUUACCGUAUAAGGAAAGCAAAGAUGUGUUCAUUGUUGGUGGAACUGAUGAAAUACAACAAUUAUGGGAUGAUUCUAAUAUUAAUAUAUCAACUAUUGCAUCAUCACGUCAUGUCGGUCCAAUUAAAAACCGUGUUGAUGAAUGGCAAAGUUUAUUGGAUUUGUUCGGUAAAACAUUAGAUGAAUGGAUGCAGUGUCAAAGAAGUUGGCUAUAUUUGGAAAGUAUAUUCUCUGCUCCAGAUAUACAACGUCAACUGCCUAGUGAAGCUAAAAGUUUUAUGGCUGUUGAUAAGUCUUACAAAGAUGUAAUGCGUAAGGUGCAAAAAGUCCCAUUGGCUAUGCGCGCAGCUACACAACCUGGUCUGUUGGACACCUUUCGUAACAAUAAUCAACUACUCGAUCAAAUUCAAAAAUGUCUUGAAGCGUAUUUAGAAUCAAAACGUUCUGUAUUUCCAAGAUUUUAUUUCUUAUCAAAUGAUGAAUUGUUGGAGAUAUUGGCACAAACGCGUAAUCCCCUGGCUGUACAACCUCAUUUAAGGAAAUGUUUUGAUGCUAUUGUGAAAUUAGAGUUUGCCUUAGCCCAGAUUCUGCCGAUAAAGACGAACCAGUCUACACAAAUGAUAUAUUGGCCAUGUUAUCGCCAGAAGGUGAAAAAGUGUCUCUUGGCAAGGGCUUAA